AUGGUACGCAAAUGCACAAUAGGCUGUAGCAGCGGCCACCUCAACAGCGUCCAUGUUCACUCAAAAGUCAAAACUGAAAUCCUGAACAAGUAUGCAAGUGCCUGUAAGCCGAGCCAAGUGUCUACUGCGUGCACUCGCGCUUCCUCGCCUCGCCACGACUAUCUCGGGGAAUGUGUACUGCGUGCACUCGCACUUCCUCGCCUCGCCUUAAGUCUCGCUGAGAUUUUCACCGAGACGAUCUCGGCGAAUGUGUACUGCCGGCAUAAUGCUUCAUCUACACUCUCGCGAGCUUGCCUCGUUUACGAGAUUGAACGAGGCGAGGUGAGGCGAGGCGCUAGCUCUAUACUCUCGCCGAACCGUCGCGAGGCAACCAUCUACAUUCUCGUUUUAUUCAGUUGUUCGUACCUGGCUGUGAAGAAUGGACGUGGUUGA